AUGCGCGCGGGCUCUUCAAGAAAGCAGAAAGAUAUUGCAUAUGAUCCUGACCAGGAUCCAGAGGAGAAGCGCCACUUACGUCGUGACUACCGUACAUUGCACAAAGAAACCACCGAGGAUACCAACCCGAAUGAUCUGACUGCAGACCAGCUGGUUGAGAAGGUGCACCGUGCCGAUGACCUCUUCAACCGCGUGAAGGGUACUUCGGAAGCGACGCUGGACUCGGCGUUCCUUCUUGCAGCGACACAGAUGGGUGCGGCCAAGGCGCGCGCCAUGAAGUCGGGCGCGGGCGCGUUUGACGUCGAUGACUUCGUUGCGCGUCUCAUCACAUUCAUGGGCGGCCGCAAGGGUGUAGCGAUGCCCGAUGACUCGGAUUCAGAUGUCGUCGAGGAACAUUAUGAUGACACGCCACUUGAUUGGGAUUGCAUUGGACGCCGUGCCCUAGCGAAAAGCCACAGGGUACCUGUCAUGGACUUCAUGCUGGGCCCCCUAUCAAUUGAACAGAAGAAACGGGCUGUGGCAAAACGAGCCAAACUCGAGAAGGACAAGCGCGACAUGAAAAAGCCACAGGAGAUCACCGAAGACGACAUCACCCGGUCGGAGAACGAGACAACGAAGAACGUCGCAGCUAAGAUUCUCACGCAACAAGAAGGGGCAAUAAACUUAUUCCGAUUUAUCGUCAAUCCUAACGAUUUUGGGCAAUCGGUUGAGAACAUGUUCUAUCUCUCCUUCUUGAUUAGGGACGGUAAGGUCGCGCUGGAUAUAAGCGAGGAAGGCGAGCCUAUCGUCUUUGUUUGUGAACAGCCAUCAGAGGAAGAUUAUGGUGCGGGCCUCAGGAAGCAACAGCUUGUGAUGGAGUUUGACAUGGCGACAUGGCGGCGCGCAAUCGAGGUAUUUAAUAUCACAGAGUCUAUCGUUCCUCAGAGGCCCAAGUCGGAGAUGCGCAUUGGACAAAAAUGGUAUGGUUAA